UCAGGGGAAGCAGUUCAACAGCCCUGUUACAAAGUGUCACGUUGGAGACACUAUUUUAUUGAUAUUAAACAAAUUAUGAACAAAAAUUUUUCAUAGAACGAAGAAUUUUAUUGAUAAUAAAAUGUUUGAAAAUGAAAAUGUUUGAAUCGAAUGAUAUUAAUAUUGAUAUCUUUGUUGGUGUAUCCUACAUAAAUUUCAAAAAAUAUCCCUAGAUCAAUUUAACUAUGUUGUGCAACACUGUCAGAAUGAACCAAUGGGUGUGCAUCUUUAGAAUUCAAAUCUUAUGACGUAAACGGAAAACCAGUACAAUACAAACCAAACAGUCUGAAACCCAAAAAGUCAACUUUGUGUUUCUAUUAACGUGUGACAGGAAACAAGCGGCAUUUCUGGAUAUUCUGAAAACAUAUGCCAGCGUUAAUGCAUUUAAAUGAUGUCUCUUCACAUUCAAAAUUGAAGUGAUUUUAAAGAGUACAUAUAUGACAAUGCUUCUGGAUCAACAAAGACCAACAGGUUCUCGAGAGUUUUUAAUAAUAUUUAUAAAAGGACAUAUCGUUAAGCGAUCACCGAUUAUUGUUUAAGGAAGUUUAAUAUUUUUCCGUGAUAUAAUAUUGUGCAUGAUACGAUUUCUAUUUUAUUUGACAUUGUUUCAAAGAUUAGCGUGGAUUGUUUAUAUUUUGAAGAAUUUAGAGUAUUACGACAAAAGGUGUGGGCAUCGUCCCGAGUACCAUGGAUUUUCAGAAUCAUACAAACUCACGGCCAAAAUUUCAACCAAUCCGCGUGAAAGAGUUAUUACAUUUUUAUGAAAGUGAUGAUGAUGAUAGUGAAGACAAAGCACAGGAUACUGACACUGAAUCAGAUUCUGAUGAACCUCAACCUUUACCUAGAGAUGAUAGCUUUGAAAAUAAGUUAAAUAAUUCAUUACCUGUACCCAGCACAAAGUAUGAUAAUAAUUUACAAGGUACUUGUAAAAUUUCACCUGUAACUGCAGUUAAAUGUAAUGCAAAUAAUAUAAAUGCUGAAGUACAUGUUUCUGUACAUAAUAAUUUUGAUAACAUAGAUACAUAUGAUGAUAAAUACAAAGACUUGAAACAGGAUGGUCAUAGACCGAUAUUAUCUGUCAAUGUAGAAAUUGAUACCAAUAAAAAAUGUGAAAUUAAUAUGUUACAAAAGUGUUCAAAGUUACAGGAAAAUGAACAUAACACAAGACAUGAGAAAUACAUAAAUUGUGAGCAACCAGGCCAUACAGAAUCAAAUUAUGAAAAUACUUAUGCUCAAGAAAGAAUGUCUCACAAUGAGCAUAGAAGUAAACAUGUUCCUAAUGUAGAAAUUAAAAAACAAUCAAGCAAAGAACAAGCAUGUAAGAGUGAUGUUCAACUUAUAGAUAAACACAGCUCUUGUAAGGUAAAUAGUAAUGAACUUGAUUCUAUAGUUUUUCCCUCCCAAUAUUUUGGGAAUAUAUUAGAAUCUGGAAACUGUAUUUUACAGAAUACAGAUAUGAAAGUAGAAACAACGGACUUGAAAACAACAGUCAAUGAAGAUAAAACUCAUUAUGAAAAUAUUUCUUCCAACAAAUUAAGAACAUUGGAGAAUGGUAUAUUAACAAAUUCUAUUGAACAUAUGACAUUAGAAACUCCUAUAAAGCAUGCACCAUCCAAUUCUUCACGUCCAGAUCCAUGCUUUUCUCGUAGAAAUAUUGUUCAAACCCCACAAAAUAAACUGUCUGAUACAUCGAGAAAUCUUGGAUUAACACCGGCUACAGUUUCGGGUCACUGGUCUCAAAAUAACAUUAAACAGACUCCACUUCAAAGUAAAAAUGGUAAAAUCAAAGAUAUGGUACAAACACCGAAAAAUUCUGUUUACUUUACUCCAAGCAUAGCAAAACAUGAAACUCCAAGAUAUUUGAGUACAGAGGGUAAACUAAGGCAACCUUUAGCCGACACAGGAAGUUACACCCAUAAUAAUGCUUCAAACAGACGUUUACUACAAGCAUCUCAAUUAUCUAAAGUAAAUGAAGAAAUGUCCAAUAAAAAUUUAAACCACAAAACAAGUGAACCAGUAUUUGAAGCGUUUGAAAAUCCGACGCGAUUAGAAUCAGACGCUAAUGAACAGUUAAAAGAAAAUAAAUACUCAAAUAUGCAAGAUAAAGAAGCUGUAUUACAAAAAAGGAUAUCAGCUUCCACACACAUUUCUCACUCUAAUAAGGACAACAAGGAUGCUUUGAAGCAAAUAAAUAAUGAUUCACAAAAUCAGUAUCUAGUAGCUCUUAAUCAGAAUCAGCAACAGGAGCCAAAAAGAUCUACAGAUGCUGCACCAAAUGUACAAUUUUCGAUACCACCUAAUGUUCCGAAACCGAAGCAGCCUAGAACUAUAUUUGUGAAGGGAAAAGAAUAUUUAAUUUUGGGUUCACUUGGACAAGGAAUGAGUGGAGAAGUUUUAAGAGUGCAAGAUUUAUCUUCCCUUGAACUGUGUGCGAUCAAAUGCGUUAAUCUUAAUCGUAUGGACAAGGACUCAGCACAAGGUUGCUUAGAAGAAAUAUCGAUGUUACACAGAUUACAAGCACCAUGCAUUGUUAGAAUGUUUGAUUACGAAGUGAAAUUUCCUAUGGUGUACGUGGUAAUGGAAAUGGGAGAUACUGAUCUCAGUCGCCUUUUAAAAACGAUGUCGCAAGAGAGACACAUUUCCCUUACAAUGGUUCUUUAUUAUUGGACAGAAAUGUUAACAGCUGUUAAACAUAUACAUGAUAAUGGAGUAAUUCAUUCUGACUUGAAACCUGCAAAUUUUUUAUUGGUACGAGGAAGACUGAAGCUCAUAGAUUUCGGAAUUGCUUCAAGUAUGAAUGCAGAUAUGACGUCCGUUGUAAAAAACUGUCCAAUAGGUACCUUAAAUUAUAUCAGUCCAGAAGCGUUAAUGGAUAUCGGAGGAAGUUCAGAUUCUCCUACACAGAACGUCAAGUACAAGAUAACUUUCAAGUCAGACGUAUGGUCGUUAGGAUGCAUAUUGUAUAGUUUAGUGUACGGGCAUACACCAUUUCACCAUAUUCGUUCACAAUGGGCUAAAGUAAACGCGAUUACUAAUCCAAAACUAAAUAUCUCUUUUCCUGCAACUUUGCCAUCGAGAGAGGGUGAUAAUAAAGUUAUAUCGUCACCAUCAAUUUUAAUUGACGUGAUGCGUAGAUGUCUUCAACAUGACCCAAAAAUGCGGCCAACGGUGGCUGAGCUUUUACAAAUAGAAUAUGUACCUACUAAACAAGAGCAUUUAUUAACACCAGUACCCAACAUUCCAGCAAAUAUUUUGGUUAAAAUAAAAUACGCAUUGAAUGAAGAUGAAUGGCGGCAAUUAACAUGGAUUUUGGAAAACAAACGGUAUGCAUAACAUUAUCCUGAUUAAGUACUAUGAAUUAUGUAGGUACAUACAGUUUUUCUUUUAUACAUAAUAAUCGGCAAUAAUACAUAGGGUGCUUAUUUCAUUGUAUUAUAGUAGGGGCUUUAUUUGAAUACUGUUUUAAAAUAUAAAACUGUGUCAUGAUACGACUGUAUUACAGAAUCGAUUUAUGCUUACCUGUAUGUUAUUUGCCAAGCAGAUAUUGCAUUCCGAAUGAAACACACGCGUGAUCUAUUAAAUUAAAAUAUCUUUCAUUUUAUUAUCACACAUUCAUGCAUACAAAUGACUCCGUUUGACAAAACCGGUAGUAUUCACAAGUAGCUACUGUGCUAGAUAGCUGCAUGAUUGAAACUCUAACAAUAUAUAUCUACAGAUUGCUCGUGAAAGAAUGUAUCC